AUGAAUGCGGAUGAGGAAAAGGUGGUCGGACUCGAUGGAACAAGCCACCCUACAUCUUGUCCUAGCGAGACAAGAAGCACCGCACAAGGCCUAAGUUCAAGCUGGCUAUCACAUGACAACAGAAGUCUGAGGACGAUUAGGUCGCAUCACUCGAGAGCAGAAGCUGACGGUCACACAUCUUUCGACACCGAGCCUAGCCCCAUCACACCGAACAUCUCCAACGCCGACGGCAUGGUUGCCGAAGAGCCGUAUCUCGUCACCUGGGAUGGCAAUGCAGAUCCAGAGAACCCUCGGACAAUGAAAAAGCUGUGGCGCUGGAUCAUCGUCUUGAUAUGCAGCGCCAGUUCGCUCUGCGUAACUUGUACUUCAUCGCUAUACGCAUCGACUUACAGCCAGCUCGAAUCUGAGUUCGGUGCGUCUCGGUUGGUAUGCACGCUUGGGCUGUCGUUAUUUGUAGCUGGACUUGGCACGGGACCUAUGGUCCUCAGCCCUCUUUCCGAGUUUUAUGGGCGCAGACCUAUUUACAUCUGCGCGUUGGCGUUCUUUACCAUCUGGAUGGUUCCAUGCGCGAUUGCUCAGAACAUUCAGACCAUGCUAAUUGCGAGAUUCUUUGACGGUCUAUCUGGCUCCGCCUUCCUCAGUGUAGCUGGAGGUACCGUGGGUGACAUGUUCAGCAAGCAUGAACUAUCAGCACCCAUGAUGGUGUACACAGCAAGCCAAUUUAUAGGACCCGAACUGGGGCCGCUGAUAGGAAGGUUCAUUGUUGAGACUACGACUUGGCGGUGGAAAGCUUUGGUAGUAAUCAUCCUCGUGCCCGAAACGUAUCACCCAGUUUUGUUGCGUAAGAAAGCCAUCAGACUGCGACGAGAAACAGGAAAUCAGGAGUGGAUAGCGCCGAUCGAGAAAUUGACCACAUCUGUCACGAGAACGGUACUGUGGUCAUGCAUCCGACCAUUUCAAUUACUCAUUUUCGAGGCCAUGUUUCUGAAUCUAUGCCUGCUGUCGGAAAUGCUCUUGGGGAUUCUCUACUUGUUCUUUGGAGCCUUCCCUCUGGUGUUCCGGAACAACCAUGGGCGGAUCUAUGGCAGGCUUGUACGAAAACGUGAGGAGCAACAGGGCAGGAAUGGUGGCUUGGAACCAGAAUUUCGGCUUCCUUCAACAAUGAUUGCGGCUUGGGUCGUCCCAAUAGCGCUGUCCGGAUGGACCACAUAUGCAUCUUACCCUGAAUAUGCUGCAUCAGCUCUCGCGGCUAACAGCUUAGCGUGGUCGUACUUUGCUGCGGUAAGCAUUCAUCAUUCCCCUUUAUUUGGUAUUCAAAUGUACGACAAUCUCGGCUACUAG